GGGUGUGUCUGCACUCCUGGGGCAGAAGCUACCUGUACUGGCUGGGAAACACCUAACUCCCUUCCCACAGGGAGUUAACAAGGUUCAGCGAUGCCUCUACCAGCCUGGUUCAAUCUGCUGCUUCUCUUUCCGUGCAUUGGUACUAUCAAGACCUGCUCCCGAGGAUGCCACUGCGAAGUGGAGAGUUUUGGUCUCUUUGACAGCUUCAGCUUGACCAAGGUGGACUGCAGUGGAAUAGGCUCACACAUUGUUCCCGUCCCUAUCCCACUGGAUACUUCCUAUUUGGAUCUGUCCUCAAACAAACUGGAAAACAUCAAUGAGUCAAUGCUAACCGGCCCUGGUUACACCACCUUGGUGAGCCUUGACCUGAGCUAUAAUAAAAUUGCUAAGAUCUCUUCCACAACCUUCUCCAGGCUCAGGUAUCUGGAAUCCUUGGAUCUGAGUCAUAACUCUUUGGCAGUUCUUCCCGAGGAAUGCUUCUCCAGCUCUCCCCUGGGGGACAUAGAUUUGAGCAACAACAACCUCCUGGAUAUAAGGCUAGAUGUCUUUGCUUCCAGAGGUCAAGGGAGACCCAUUAACGUGGACCUGUCCAACAACAUGAUAAAUACAGUCUCAGGACACUACGACAAAAACAUCCCCAACAUCCAGAGUUUAAAUCUGUCUGGAAACAGACUAAAGACUGUGCCAAAUCUCCAAGGGAUUCCUCUGCGAUACUUAAAUCUCGAUGGGAAUCCUCUGGCUAAGAUUGAGAAAGGAGCCUUUGCAGGACUGAGGGAUUUAAUUCAUUUAUCUCUUAGCAGCUUACGGGGCUUUAGAGAUCUCUCUCCUUACAGCUUCAAAGAACUGCCCAAUCUCCAGGUACUCGAUUUAUCUAGCAACCCCAAUCUUAAGUCGUUGAGUGCCGAAGUCGUCUUUGGUCUAAGCUCCUUGCAAGAGCUCAACCUGUCCAGUACAAGUGUGUCCUUCUUGCCAAAGACGGUGCUGAAAUACUUACCUACCAUCAAAAGCAUUACCUUGGGGAAGAAUGUUCAGUGUCUUAAGGUGAUCAAGGAAGGACAGUAUCACCGACAAAUUGGACUGACCAAAAAAGAGGUCCUCAGUUGUCAUGACAGCCAUGGGUCUGUAGCAGCAGCAUCCUAUGUCUUGUGAUGAAAGUUGAGGGGAAGGGGCUUGGGGGGACGAAGUGAGAUUGUACAGCUAUCUGGACUGUCAUGACCUGCCGCGUGCCUUUCGUAAAUAAUUUUGUUAAUAAUUUAUACAUUUGUAUAUGCCAAUACUUGAUGAUGUGUGUCUUUAAAUUCUGUAUUCCUGACCACCA